AUGGCCUCGCACCACCCAGGUCCGGAGCAGGCCUCGACCGGCGACCAGAAUGCAUCUGGGUCCGAGGGGGGUAAUACCUGGUACUUUAGUGUCAACGACGAUGUCGAUGAUGAGGAGGAUGAGGAUUAUGAGGAUGCCCCCGACGAGCAGGAAGAGAACGACUCGGAAGAUGACCCCAGAAAUACUCAUUUCCAAGUCAUUUUCGGCAACAAUUAUGACGAGGAGAUUGAUAUUGACGACGAAGAGGAUGACGAGGAUGACGACGAGGAAGAAGUCGAUGAUGAAGAGGAAGACGCGCAACACACAGCUGCCGAGGAAGGCAACGCGUCUGCUCUUCGCAUUCUAGGGCUAUUACGAGCUGGCGCUCGAACUGGUCUCGUCACAAGAGCCCAAGUUUUGGCAUUACUCAGAAACGGCCAACUCGGCCACGGCCUCAUGGAUGAGGACGAUGAGGACGAUCUCGAAAGCAUCUUUGGUCAGUGGGGCAGACGCCGCCCUCGCCCAGCCAAAGAUCCCAAUCGUUUCCCCAAAGUGCCCAGCGAUGAGGGCAGAAAACUGAUGCAGUCCGGCACUUUUGGCUCCAGCAGCGAAGCCAUCCGCCAGGGUACCGCCAAGAGAAUAGCAAGACGCAUGCUCGAGAGAGAACUCGGCAUUGGUGACAAACGACAACGCAUACGCAAUCUUGACCUAAUAGCACAAUCGCUCAUCCCAUCCACCAAAGUUGAGCAAAUCAUACAUUACGAUGACCCUAUCUACUCGGGCCAAUUUUCAGACGACGGCAACUUCUUCUUCUCCGUCUGCCAGGACUUCAGAGUCCGAAUGUAUGACACGUCGAAUCCAUACAGAUGGAAACAUUACAAGACGGUCCAGUACCCCGGCGGCCAGUGGACGCUGACCGACGCUUCGCUGAGCCCGGACAACAAAUGGCUCGCCUACACCUCGAUCGAUAGUCUUGUAUGUAUCGCUCCCACAGAUCCGUCCGAUCGCGGCGACCCCUAUGCCCUGAACCUGUCAGAGGGCGCCCGGCGCAACGGCGCAACUGGCUGGGGUAUGCGUCGGGGCGGUUUCGGCAUCUGGUCCAUUCGAUUUUCCGGCGAUGGCAGAGAACUAGUCGCCGGCACAAAUGCGCACUCACUGGUUGUUUACGAUAUCGAGUCCCGCCAAGUGCUUCAUCAUGUCGAAGGUCACGAGGAUGACGUCAAUGCCGUUUGCUUUGCUGAUAAGUUGUCUCCCCAUAUUCUCUACUCGGGAUCCGACGAUGCCACAAUCAAAGUUUGGGAUCGAAGAAGCAUGGGCGACGGCCGCGAGGUCGGCGCCUUUCUCGGCCACAUUGAGGGCUUGACCUACAUAGAUAGCAAAGGCGACGGACGCUAUAUUCUAAGCAACGGAAAAGACCAGAGCAUGAAACUUUGGGACCUGCGCAUGGCCAUGUCCACCGCCCGCUUCCACGAGAUGGGCCGCACUCGCUACUCUCACUCCAGCGGCUUUGACUAUAGAAACGAAAUGUACGACGAGAGUGACUGGGAUGUGCACCCCCACGACAACUCGUUGGUGACGUUUCGCGGCCAUAAGGUGCUGCGCACCCUCAUCCGAUGCCACUUUUCGCCGCCGUCAGCCACCAAUUCUCGCUACGUAUACUCUGGUAGCGCCGACGGCAAGGUAUACGUUUAUAACAUGGACGCUACCAUUGCGCGCAUCAUCGAUGUCAAGGAAGCCACCAGCGGCACGCGACGUCUUGACCGCCGCACCCGCUUAUAUUUUGAUGAGCCGGGUGGCUGGAGUACCUGUGUUCGUGACGCUAGCUGGAACCCCAACGCGCCUGUCAUAGUUGCGUCGGCAUGGAAUGGCUAUAGCAUGGCUCGAGGCACAUGUACGAUACACUCUUUCAACGACGCUGAUGAAGACGAGGGAGAGCCGCAGAUGGGGCAGAGCGUGGAUGACAUGCUUCGAAGUAACCCCAGCUACUACCCAUCGGAAUUUGCCAGAGCUGAGCCUGACAGAUUCGAAUCCAGACAACAGCGAAACAUUGGCGUGGAACACGACCAUCACUUACGGACGCAAAUCUCACCCCGAAACGUUGUGCGCUCGACGCCCGAUAACGCGACACCGCAAGCCGACCGGGACACGACAGGUGAUUUUACCCGUAUCGGCCCAACGGAAAUUGACGACGCACGCUGCCCAACGGUCACGGAACGUUAUAACAAGUUUGGUGGUGUCUGA